CCUCGACAAGCGCUUCGAACCAAUCAUCCAACAUGGGCGUCGGAGCUGCUGUCCUUAUCGCCGUGGCCGCUUGCGUCCUCCUCGUCAUCGGGGCCCUGUACGUCCGUUGCGUCAGCCGCCGCUUCAACGCGACCGUCGCCCGCAACUCGCCGCCCAAGAUCACCGGACUCGGGUCACCCUCCAUAGCCGCCCUGCCCACGGUCGCCUACCAGAGGCCCCGCGAGGACCGCGGCGCGUCACGGACGCUGUGCAGCGUCUGCCUCGGCGCCAUGAGCGAAGGCGAGUUGGUGCGGGUGCUGCCAGCCUGCGCUCACGUCUUCCAUGUCGACUGCAUCGACGCCUGGUUGCGCGCCCGCGCGACGUGCCCCGUGUGCCGCUCCGAUCUCAAGCUCUCCCACCUGGUGGACACCGGAGAGUCGGAGAUUCCUCCUCCUCCUCCUUCGCCUCCUAUUUCUUCCACCACUGUAGUUUGAAUUCAGCUCGAAGUUGUUGUAAGGUCACAGUAGCGUAAUCGAGAGGUAAACUUGUCGUGUCCAAAGGGUGUAUGUAUAAAGAGUGAGAUGGGCA